AUCCGCCCAGGCGGAGGGCGGGCGGGCGUCUGCUUCAGUUCGCCCGCGACCAUGGCCACCGAUGGACGCACAAAGCGCUCGCAGUCGAUAUGCGCGCCGGCUUCCGCGAGUAUGGAGGCGCUCGCCGCCCCUUUAGAAACCACUCCGGCCCCCAGACGGAGACCCGCGGCGAGAUCACAGUCGGCCCGGAUCACCGGCGGCCGGUCAGUCAGGCACAGGAGGCAACAACAGCAGCAGCAACUCGAUAGAGAAACCAGAGCUCGCUACAGCUCCGAACCGAGAUUAGCUGAGACUGAAACUCCUCCGCAAGUGCGACGACAAGCCUCAGCGAGACGCAGACCACCCCCAGGACAGCAUAAUCAACCGCGGAGAUCCAAUGCGUUCCUCGAUGUCCCGAAGACUGCUUCUCAUCAGCCUGAGGAAGAGCCUGACGAGGAUUCUUACAGACUCCGCACGUUCAACAUCACGCAGAAAGGAGGCAUUGUGAACCGCGGAGAUUCGUUCCGCCGCCGCCGCUCCCGCUCAGGCAGCCUCGCACCGUCCUCUCCAGCGGCAGCGCCGGAGCCUCAGGAACGCAGACCAGUUGCUUGUCACCGUGUGGCGAUGGUGGGCGCCCCUGGUGUCGGCAAGACUGCCUUAAUCAGCCAAUUUCAGACCAGUGAAUGUAUCAACGCUUACGACAGGCAUGGAGAUGUGGACAGCUCAGAACAGAAGGUGUCAAUAAUGCUGAACGGCGAGGAGUCGGAACUUUACUUCGUUAACUGCACUACAACUAAGGAUGAAAUCGAGCGAUCAGAACCUCCUGACGCGUUCGUGGUGAUCUACUCUGUGGUGGACAAGGCGUCCUUCCAGAAAGCUGAACAAGAAUUGGCCAGACUCCUGGACUGUGACAUGCUGAGGUGCAGACCUGCCUUGCUGGUGGCUAACAAGAUUGACUUGGCGAGAAGCAGAGCUGUCUCCACACAAGACGGCAAAUGCCUCGCGUGUACAUACAAGGCGAAGUUCAUUGAAGUAUCUGUUGGCAUCAACCACAACGUGGACGAGCUCCUGGUUGGCAUCCUCAACCAAAUACGCCUGAAGCAGCAGUACUCCGCUGAAGGUGGCCGGGAGUCCUCCCCAGCACACUGGUACAAAACCAGGGGUAUGGUCAGAGCCAGCAUGAAGGCCAGACAGAUGUUCACAUGGAUCUUCGGGAAAGAAGACUCCAAGUUCAAAAACUGUGAGAACCUACAUGUUCUGUGAGUGGACAGCGACGGACCUGUGUUCGUCUGAAAGACUAAUUUGUUGCUUAUAGGAAGGUUAUGUUCGUGUAUGUACAUAAUACUUGUAUGGGGAUGAAAGUAACUUUUAGUACUUAACUUUCGGUUAACCUUACUACCGCCAGGUGUUCCUACGAAAAAAGCAAACAUAUUUUUUUUUUGCUACUAAUCUAUUCCUGGUACUGCGAAACCCUUUUUGGCGAGUCAAAUUCGAACUUAGCCACAUUUUCAUUAAAUAAAUAUGUUACAGCGAUAGAUUGCAAAGUGUGUAGGCGUUUUAAUAGUCCUAGUAUAUAAUAAAUUGUAUAUUGACAAACUGUAAUUCUUGGUACUAUUAUCAUAAUCAUUAUGUGCCAACUUUGAGAGAAUUUAAUACAUACGUAUUUAAUUAAGUAACUUUUAGUAAAUUAAGUAAAAUGCAGUAUUUCCUCGUGUUAUCUGGAUAUAAUAUAAUCUUAUCAGCAAUAUAUUAUCGCGUAGUGAUGUAUCAUAAAUUAGUAGAAUAAAUUGGACCAUUAUAUGACGAAUAGGUACAUAAUAUAUAAUUUAUGAAUGUGUAAAAUUUUCGAUAAUAUAUCUAAUACAAUAAACGUGUUGAAUAUAGUAUCCAUAAUUUUAUUUCUUUAUAACUAAAGCACAUUUCUAAUGUAGAAGGAAUAACCAUCAAUGAUCUGUGGGGCACGAUUAUUUUGCCGGACGAAAUCGUGUCGACAACGUAAUAAAUUUAUUUUAUUUUUAUAUAGAAAAUCUUUCCGUUUAUGUACGUUUAUUUCCUAUAUAUAUUUUGGCGAUACGAUUAGGUACUUGUAGACACAAUAUAACGCCAAAAUUGUUACAGUUUAAUAAAUAAAUAUACAUUAUUAUCAUGGGUCAUGGGAAACUCUUUUUAAAACGCUUUUAAUUUUUAACCUCAUGAAUUGGGUCCACUAUAUUCCUUCCAUAUCUGCUAAUAAAAAUAAUCGUAGCCUUAUUUAAUGACAAAACUGAACUUGACAGAAUGUUCUAGAUUUCGUAACUUCUUAUAAUAUAUAACUAUAUGUCUAAUAUCUAAUGUAAAGGACUAAUUGUACUUGCCAUAAAGUAUUGACCAAAUUUACCAACAGCCCUACAUACCUACUUAUAAGUUCAUUUAUACAGGCUAGCUUUUUAAAUACGAAUCGAUUUUUUACAUCACUUUAGAAUUAUAUAAUUAUUAUUAUAAUAUAUGACGAAUUAUUUGUCGUCUACUUUAUAAAGCGUAAGACUGUAAGACAUGUUGACCAAAUCCUACUGUUAUGUAAAGUAUUAGCUACCUCAAUAGGUACCAAAUUUCACAAAAAUUGUCCCAGCCGUGUGAGUGCGACCAAGUAGAGUCUGAAACAGUUCUCCGACAAUUGCUUCGUCUACGAACGAUUCCGACAGAAUGUCUCCUCUAUUCUGUCGGCGAAUCGUUCGUAGAUGAAGGGUUCUGUCGUUCAAACGCCCGAUGUCGAAACAUUCUGGCGACGAAACGUUCGUUAGACGAAGCAAUUGUCGGAGAACUGUUUCAGACUCGAAAAAGUAACAAACAUUAAAUUUUACAACAACUCACAGACUUUCGCCUUUAUAAUAUAAGUGGAAGUAAAAACAAAAGAACGAAAACUUUGCUGUUUUCCGCAGCUUCGCCCGCAUCAGAUGAGAUUCUCAUACAAACUUUAACUAAAUUUAGUUGUGAAAGCGUCACAGAUAGACCGACAGAUUUUUAAUAAUUGGUAAGGACGUACGGGUUACAUUUAUUAACUCUCCCGCACAAUUAAACCGAUCAUCUAAUUAAUUAUGGCAAGUCGGAACUUGGUCUUUUUUCUACAAUUUUUAAUGAAAUUAUUUAAUUAACCCCCGAUAUUAAUGUCGUGGCAUCGUAGCAACCAAACGGCUGAACCGAUUUUGAUCUAGUUUUUUUUUUAUUAUUUAUUUUAAAGAGAAUUUAAUCGAGAAUGUUCUCAGCUUUGUUUGGAAAAUUCAGCCGUUCAGCCGUUUGUAAACUGUCAGCUCUUUUCUAGCGGAUGAGAUGAUUUAGUUAGUAUUUAUGAGUUUCUUAAAUUUUAAUGGAGCUUUCAUUCAUUGAGCAUAAUUUUAAAAUUUAUUCUGAUGUUUGAAAAGCCAUCCUGUGUAAAUAUGAAAUAUAGUAUCUAAAUUAUGACUAAUUUAAAAAGUAACAUUUAUAUUUCAUGCGUAUCCUAUUUUUGUCUAGAUAAGUACUUAUAUAGGUGUUAUAUCAUAAAAUAAUAUCAAAAAGUGUACAUAUAAGACAUACAUGCAAGCACAAAAGGAUUUGAUGUUGUUUAACACAUCGUCAUGUGUUAGAACACAUUCACUGACAUACACAAAAGAAACUUUUGUUAUCCAUAGAUGGAAACUGUCAGUGAAGUGUUCAGAGUUAUGUAAUAUGUGAGUGAUAUUACGUUUUUUACAUGAAUUAUACUAUUAGUUUGUUACCAAUUAGAAAAAAAUAUGUAUUAAGUUAAAAAUUGUAUCAGUCGUUAGUGUUAUGAAUUAUUUAAUUACUUUUGUAAUAAUUGAUAAGUAAAACCUGAAAAAAAAACAUAAGCUUCACCAAAGGUACUUUAGUUGCCCGGUGUCCUAGGUGAACAACAAAGGAGGCAACGCCACGCGACGCAAUGCCUUUGUGUCAAAUGUAUGGCUGUAUUAAAUUUUUACUAGUGGCCUAUGUUGACGCACCUAUGAUGCCAGGUAACAAGCCAUAUACCAUAUAUUAUUUUUAGAAAGCUAAUAGCGUACCUCUCCAUUUUUUAAAUUCUAAAAUUGCAAUCCUCAAAUAUUAUUUGAACGGGAUUGAAAAAUAAUACAUUUACUCUUAACAUAAAUCCCCAAAUUCCCAAAAAAUUAAUAAUUUUGGAAUACGAUUCAAGACAGUGCCUUUUUAUUGUUAAAAAUAUAUUAUAACUUUUACCUUUAUAUUUCAAUUAGUUGUCUUUAGGAAAUAUAUACCCACCCUUAUGUGGUAAUUGUUUAGAUUAAUUUAGCCCCUCUGUUUUAUAUAAAAUUCCGACACAAAUUGUUAUGGGGUAUAUAGAUUGCCGACUGCAGUAAAAUCGGAUAUUUUAUUCUUUUGAAUAUAUUUUGCAAAAUGUUGAAGUUUAUUUAGUUUGUAUUUUUUCCGUAAAAGAUAAGACGUGAUGUUAAAUCCAUAAUGUCUUAUUGAAAUAUGACAUCUUUAAGUGAUUGAUAUAAUCUAAAGUAAACACGCUGUAUUAGUCGUCUAGGACACAGCGUAUGUCCUUAAUAACAAAUACAUCGCAUUUACUUCAAGCCUAUAUUAUCAUAAUUACUAUGUCGCAUCGCGUCGUUGUGCGCUCCUCAGUUAGGACGCUGGGUUAGUGUGAAAUAUCCGAUUGUAUUGCAUAAUAUAUGUCGUAAGUAGAUAAGUAUUGUAAAUGCAUUUGCAGAUUGUAUGAGCUUGCAUUGUGUAUUUAAGGUCUAUUUGCACGUUAACUGUGGUAUGAACUAAAAUUAAAAAGUCUUAAAAGUAAAAAAAAAUGCUGAAUGCAAUUAAACUACACAAAAAAAAAACAGUUAAGCAAAAAUAUAUAAUUUAAUCAGUAUCAGCCUUGAAUAUAACAAUAUCUAUAACGACAUUAAAAGAUCAAAAAAAAUAUUUUUUUGUAAAAUAACCUUUUUUCUUUUUGAGGCACUGAUAUUAUAAGUUACUCCAAAAACCUGACGUCAAUUUAAAAAUAGGUUUUAAAAUCUUUUUAAACAUAAUUACUUACAAGCUUUUGCAAAAAAGUCAUUUAUAUCUCCCUCCGGCCCGCCAAGUAUCUCCGCAACUAAACUGUCUCAAUGAAAUACUCCGUUAUGACGUGAAAGAAGGCCUUCCAAACACAUUUAUAGUAUUAACUAGCGGCCCGCCCCGGCUCCGUUUGGGUAAAAAUAUAAUAAACAUACUUACACCUGAACCUUUCUAAAGAAUCGCACUAUCUAUUGGUAAAAAACCGUACAAAUCCGUUAACUCGUUUUUAAUUUAUCGCGUUCUUAUACAGACUCCUAUAAGCCAAGAAUAUCUAAAGAUACCAAUCAAACAUAGAGUUCCACUUUGGACACUAAACUGGAGUAAGUUGCUUAAACUAACUUAAGUAUAAUAUUACAAAGAUUACUUCUCAAGUUGGUAACUUGGUAAAUUUAACCCGAAGCAGACGAGAGCCGCGCAUCGCAAGCUGUUUGUUCUAAGUAUAUGAGACUACACUUACUUUGUGUUGAUACCGGCGUCUUUUGCACAUGCAAAAGACGCCUUCUUUCUUUUAACUACAUAGUUAAAAGAUACAGCAAGUAUUUUCAUUUUGUUUAACACCGCGUCUAUUUCUCGGUGGUUCAAUCAAAUUUCUUGAGGAAAGAAUCAUUUCCAAAAUCAAUAAUAAUUCAUAAAAUUGACAUUAUCACAGUACAGAUUCAUUAUUUUAAAGUCAAAUAUUAAAACUAAUUCUUGCUUUGUUGAAAUUUGAAAAAAAAAAAAAAACAAUGACAGCGCGGUCACAGUGGUCGAAACGCUCUGAGAAACACCUUCGAAGCUUACUUCUUGUAAAACCACGCAAGGGAUUUUGAUGCAGUUUUCAGAUUUUGCGAAGGCCUGGCCGGGGGCCGGGUUUCCAGUAAAUAAUGAAAAGAUAGUAGACAAGCAAAGAAGGGGCGUGGGGUCCUCGAUAGUGGAUAGCGGGGUUAGCUAACCCCGCGUCGAUGAUAAAUUACAUAGUUAUAGGUCAGGCUGGCACGGAUAUAUUUUAAGAAGAGAUGAAAUCACGUCACUCAAAGGGCAUUAAAUAUGGAAGUAAAGGGUUCCAGGAAUAGAGGAAGACCUAAGAAGAAAUGGAUGGAGUGUGUCAAGGAUAGUAUGAACAGGAAAGGAGUAUUAAUGGAUAUGGCAAAUGACAGAACAAAAUGGAAGGAACUUACAUACUGUGCCGACCCCACAUGAGUGGGAUAAGGUCAAGAAGAAGAAGAAUAGAUGAAAAUAAUUCCCGCUCGUUUGUAGACAUUUUAUCUCAUUACUAUUUUCAAAAUCAGUUAAAAAGGAGUGCAACAAAACCACAGCGAACGUGCUAUAGACCAUUAUGGAAGUUAUCCCUAUGUAUAAAGUGUAGUUAGUGUUUAUUGUAAAUAAAAUGAUUGACAAUAAAUUUGAUUACUUUA